AUGACCGACCCACUAUUUGGAUUUACUGGAGACAACAUCAUCUCACGAGGACAAAUUACUCUAUCCAUCGAGACGGGUUCAGCUCCCCUAGUGGCCCAACAUUUUAUGGAAUUUUUGGUAGUAGACCACAGGUCAGCCUACCACGGAGUAUUGGGCAGACCCGCCUUGAAAGAUUUUUGGGCUGUCACCUCCAUCCAUUACUUGUGUAUAAAGUUCUCAACUGAGCAUGGAAUUGCUACGAUUCAAGGCGACCAGAUGGGCUCCAGAGCAUGUUAUCUAAACUCUUUGCGAAAAUCAGAGUCCCGCACUGUUAAUGUAAUCAUAACGGAGGUUGCGAACGAAUCCGGCUUGGACGUGGAAAUGCUCGACACCCCCGAAAUAGGGCAUACCUCCAAACAGGAUGAAGACGUCGACAUGGAAGAUGCCCUUGAAGAAGGACACCCUCUUGAUGAAUUAGACCCCCAAAUAACUGGCUUAGAACCGAACACGACCCGUCAACCCAGAGGACCCCAGUCAGGUCUUGCGAAUAGGAAAGACGUUGUCCCCCGAAGUGAAAGAACAAAUGAUAAGCUUCCUGAAAAUGAACAUGGAUGUCUUCGCUUGGACGCACGAAGACAUGGUAGGAAUAGACCUAAGGAUCAAUUGACAUCGCCUAAACAUCAACGCCUUCUGUGCCCCACAUCGAUAGAAAAGACAAGCCCUCAACCCGAAGAGUGGAUAUCCAACUCGGUCCUUGUGAGGAAGCCUAGCGGGAAAUGGAGGGUGUGCAUAGACUUCACGAACUUAAACAAAGCAUGCCCUAAAGAUAGCUUCCCACUGCCAAGGAUAGACCAUCUUGUGGAUUUCACUGCUGAACAUGAACUCUUGAGCUUCACGGAUGCGUGCUCAGGAUACAACCAUAAACCCAUGUUUCGACCUGAUGAGGAGGCCACGUCGUUCAUCAAAGACAGAGGACUCGUGACUUCAGGUCAGUUUUUGGGGUAUAUUGUGAACCAAAGGGGAAUCGAAGAAAAUUCUGUAAAGAUUAGAGCCUUACAGGAAAUGAGGUCACCUCAGAAGCUGAAGGAGGUCCAGAGCCUCAAUGGUCGGAUAGAUGGGCUUAGUCAUUUCAUCUCCAAAGCCACUGAUAAGAGCCUACCCUUCUUCAAAGUGUUGAAGUAA